AUGACAAUUCUUGGACUCUUUCUCCGCCCAGCGGUGAUAUAUUGCAGGGAUCAAAUCGCAACACUACGUACAGUGCUCAAAUCGAACAAAUUGACCGCAGAAUCAGCGCUGGCAUCGCUGAAAGACAAAUACGAGAGUGAGAAGGCGAUAACACACGAUUUGCUGGAGAGGUUACGAAGGGAGCUUAAAGCAUUCAAAGAGGAUGCGGCCACAUUCGCUUCUCAUCGUGCCAUGUUCACGGCCAGAUGUGAGGAACUUCAAGCUCAGGUUGAUGAAAUGGCCGCGAAUCAGCGUGCUGCAGAAGACGAGAAGCGAACAUUGAAUGCGCUCUUGCGUAUGGCAAUUCAACAGAAACUAGCGCUCACCCAAAGGUUGGAGGAUCUGGAAGUGGAUCGUGAAAGGCAAACCUUCAAGCGUGGCAAUAAGGCGUCGAAUCGACCGGGCAGCGGUAGUGACGCAACCGGUCAAUUGCACCGUGUUCGCUAUCCGGGACAAAACGCUCAAUCGCAGCAACAACAACAAAGGAAUCUCAAACGGGACUAUUGA